AUGUCCCAAAAACUGCACAAAAGCGGUCCCAAAUCGUCUAAAGGGAAAGCCGCAUCAACGUCCAUUAUUUCCCAACCGUCCGUGGAAGACACUUCAAAUCUUACCGCACUUUCUUCCUUCUCUGCAGAUGGAACUCUCUUCGCUUUCCUUUCCCUAGCUGUCGAUAAACACCGCCUACGCGUUUAUAACACGGCCUCUGCUCAGUCGGUUGCAGAAUUUACUGUAGACUCGGCACGCGUUUCGUCUCUUACAUGGACCUGCUUAAACCUCUCCGUGGAUGGCCAGAUUCCUUCACCUGAUGAUUCAACAAUCCAGCCUAGCAAGAAAAAAAGGAAAAAACGGAAUAGCAUUGCCGAAGCGGGCGAACAAAUCAGUGGGACACAGGUGGUAGUUUUGGGACUUACAAAUGGUGUUGUUUUGUUUUUCUCCCCCACUCAUGGACGGGUUUUGCGGGCUCUUUCUCAUCCCGCGAGCUCAUCACCUAUCCUAUGCGUUGUAUUUGCGACGGAAGGGGUUACUUCUUUUGCUUGGGCGUCAGCUGCCGAUGCCACUGUUCAUCUUUGGGAUAUACAAAAAAACGAACUGUUGGACAGAUGGAAGAAUGAUGAUCGUGUUGCGUAUUCUUCUAUGGCAGUCAGGUAUACAGCAGAUGCUGGGCAAGCAGAGGUUUUAUUUGCCCGCUAUUCGAUGCGCCUAUUAUCUACCUACGGCAAUGCCGACCUCUCAAGACGAGAACAAGUGGCUUCGUUCACGGGUCACGCCUCACCGAUUCAACUCAUACGAUGGGAGAAUUCAAAAGCACCUCCAGAACAAUUCAUGUCCAUGGCGGAAGGUGAUCGGUUCAUAUACAUUUGGAAAGUUGCGGAUGGGGUUUCUUCCGAAGGAAGCCCUGUUGCUUCAAUAGCCCUUGACUCAGACGCGAGAACGUUUUCCGUCACUGGAUCUACAGUGACGGUGGAAAAACAUACCCUUGCAACCCUUUCAGCGUCCGGCAAAGUAUCAAUAUUUCCUCUACCCGACGAGCUUCCCUCGCCAGUGAGCACUGGCGUGACAUCACACAAAAUACCAAUGCUUCUCCCACGCUCCAUUAUUUCUUCGUCCACCGCCAGUAAUGCAGUUACCCCAGUUGUCGCUGUAACAUUGGAUCAAUGUGAUCAAGGAUCCGUUCGUGUUGCUCGCCUUGUAAACGGUGUUCGGCCAAUUUUCGAUCUUGUGCGCUAUUCAGAUGACUCCGGUAGCUUCAUACAAAAUGUAGAGCUUCAUGAACCCGACCUUAGGUUUCCCAAUCUAGAACAGACGGAUCUGAAUCACCGAUACGCCGAACCGUCGUCCUUGAAGUUAGGCAGCGGGAUGGAUCUUGUUCACGACCAACAGACGGAAGACCUCGAAUUUAAGAACGUUGAUGGUCAUUUGGAAGUCGAUCUUGCUGAACUCUCACUCGGCCAACGCCUCACAGCAGUCACUGAAAACAAAGGACGACCAAUGUCGGAUAGUGACGAAGAUGACGACGAUAGCGAACCACAUCACCAGUCAAAACCUACCACGAGAAAGACUCGAGAUGAUAUUGCAGUUGUUCCCGCGAACACCCUGACAAGAACAUUGAUCCAAGCUUUGCACUCGUCGGAUACCCGUCUACUAGAGACUUGCCUUGCCCAUUCAGACCUUGAUCUAAUUCGCAACAGCGUUCGCAGAUUACCCCCUCAACUAGCGAUCCCAUUGAUAAAUGCAUGCGUGGAACGGCUUGGAAGGGGCUCCCGGUCUAUAAAUAUGAAAGGCGGUGGCGGAGGUGCUAGCUCUCAGCGUGGAAUGGGUCUCAUCACUUGGGUUAAGAUGGUACUCGCAGUACAUGCAGGUCACUUGAUGACGAUUCCUGAUCUUGUUGCACGUCUUUCAGGCCUACACGCCACUCUUUCUGCGCGAUUGGCUCUACAUGAAAGCCUCCUGUCAUUGAAUGGCCGCCUGGAUAUGGUGCUGGCCCAGAUUGAGAUGAGAUCGUCAGCUGCACCCGCCCCUCUUGCGCCACGAAAGGGCAAGUCCAAGGCUGUCGCUCUAGAGAAGAAUGUCAAGCGGUACGUUGAAGGAGAAAGCAGCUCGAGUGACGACAACGGGGAUGUAGAUGUGGAGGUUGAGAGUGGCGACUCUGAUGAUGGCAGCAUUGAGGAUGUUGAGUUAGGAGGAGAGAGUAGUGAUAACGAGACAAGCGACGAGGAGGAUGAAGACUCUGACGAGAGCUCUGAGGGUCGGACAAUGAACGGAUUUAUUGACGAUGAAGCGGAGGAGUACAGUACAGAUGAUGAGAGUGAGGAUGAAUAG